AUGGCGUUCCAGAUAUCGAUCGGCGAUAUAUUAAUGCUGUCGAAGCUUGCCUGGGAUGUCACGCAGGCCUUCACAUCGGGCAGGAAGUCGGCACCAGCAGAGUUCCAGGAAGUGCAGAAUCAGCUCAGCUCACUCACCCAUGCACUGGAAUCGUUGAAAUCACUGUCCAGGGUCUCCCCAGGACACGACGAUGGGGCGCCAGUUAGCAGUAUCGCGCGGAUCCUGCAGAACUGCCGCUUCACACUGGAACACCUCGAGGCACUCGUAAACAAGUACAUGAUCAUUGAGAACGAAAGUGGACCCACUGAAUCGAAGAAAAGGCGAUGGCGUGAGGAGAUUCGGAAGAACUGGAAAAAAGUGCGGUGGACAAGGGAAGGAGGCGAUCUCACGAUACUCCAGCAUCAUCUUGGGGUCCAUAUUAACAGCCUCAACCUUAUAAUAGCAGUCCUGAACAGUGGAAUUAAUCAGAACACGGGCCGGAAGGUAGAGGACGUUCAUGAAAUGCUGCAAGAAAUCCAUGCCUGGUUCACGAGCAAUUUGAAAGGCCGAACUAUGAGUUUCUAUGAGCCUUCAUCGAGAUCACAAGAGACGCCACCCGAGCUGUCUUUCGCACUGCACCUAGGAGAGCGUGCGCCGUUUGACGCUGCUGCUCUUUGCGACAAUGCGUCUUUCAAUGCGAACUGGCUCCAAACUCCGGAUCAGCCAGUCUUCAAGUGUAACUGUCAGCUCCGACGCACCAGAUACGGUGACAUUCACGAUGAAGAGCUGAUGCAGUACUUCAUCCUGGAAAAUAUGGUUGUCCUCUGGCAGAACAUCCCAGCUCACUUGCCUCAUAAUCCGAACCAUACCCAUAUCAAUAUAUUCGAUGGUGUCAUAUCCAAUCUCGCAACCAGAAUGGCUAGACGAGCGUUCCAUCAAGGAAUGGCCUCCUUGAUGGUGUCUCCAUCCACCAACCCGUAUACCGGGAUUCCUGUGGUUUCAGUCCUGAAUAUGCUUUGCCAGUUAAGUGAUGCAAGCGAAUUAUACAAUAAGAUCGAAAAUGUGAGACUGAGGGCCAGCGGACACAUAUACUCUACUGGCGCUAUCGAAGCAGUCCAUCUGGUUCAUUACCGGAAUUUGACUGGUGAUGGAGCGUGGGUUUUCAAUGAAACGGCGGCUAUUGUAUUGGUUGUUCCCUUAAAUACGCGCCUUGUUGACUCCACAGAGGAUGAACCGUUCGAAUUUACCCUCACUGGUGAACGUCCACGAGUCUGUGAUGUAGCGGAUGAGAGAGCUAAACUUCCACAGUGA